AGCCCUCGCUCGCGCCGCCGGAGCCUCGUGAUCGCGCUGCCGUCGAUCCCGGGACGCUCGGCGGCGGCGGCGGCGGCGUGCUGCUUCGGGUCGCCCGCGAUCGCCGCCGCGGGAUCGGCCGGCGUUUCGGACGUGACGAAGAAGAAGAUCGUAGUAGGGGAUGCCGGUUACGUCCUCGAGGACGUCCCUCAUUUCUCUGAUUACAUUCCCAAUCUCCCUACCUAUCCUAAUCCGUUGCAAAACAACCCUUCAUAUUCAGUUGUGAAACAGUAUUUCGUCGAUUUCGAUGACACCGUACCCCAAAAGAUUGUCGUGCACAAGGACACUCCAAGAGGAGUACAUUUCCGACGUGCAGGGCCGCGUCAACAGGUGUACUUUGAGUCCGAUGAUGUUUACGCAUGUAUUGUGACAUGUGGAGGUCUCUGUCCGGGGCUCAACACGGUGAUCAGGGAAAUCGUGUGCGGGUUGUACAAUAUGUACGGCGUCAAGAGAGUUCUUGGCAUAGACGGCGGCUACAAGGGUUUCUAUGCUCGAAAUACAGUUCCUUUGACUCCAAAGGUCGUAAAUGAUAUCCAUAAACGUGGAGGAACCAUCCUCGGGACAUCACGCGGUGGUCAUGAUACAAAAAAGAUAGUCGACAGCAUCCAAGAUAGGGGAAUCAACCAGGUCUAUAUAAUCGGGGGUGAUGGAUCUCAGAGAGGGGCAUCUCUGAUAUUCGAGGAAGUUAGACGACGAGGUCUGAAAGUAGCAGUGGCCGGUAUCCCCAAGACCAUUGAUAAUGACAUUCCAGUUAUUGACAAGUCUUUUGGCUUCGACACUGCUGUUGAGGAGGCUCAGCGUGCUAUCAAUGCUGCCCAUGUUGAAGCUGAGAGUGUUGAGAAUGGUAUUGGUGUAGUAAAGCUGAUGGGCCGCCACAGCGGAUUUAUUGCGAUGCAUGCCACUCUCGCAAGCCGCGACGUGGACUGUUGCUUGAUUCCAGAGUCGCCCUUUUACCUUGAAGGUGCAGGUGGGCUUUUCGAGUACAUAGACAAACGACUGAAGGAAAACGGGCACAUGGUUCUUGUGGUUGCCGAAGGCGCAGGACAAGAACUCAUGUCCAAGAGCAUCGAAUCCCUGGAUAACAGUAAGGAUGCUUCUGGCAACAAGGUCCUCCAAGACGUCGGCCUGUGGAUCUCCCAGAGAAUUAAGGAUCAUUUUUCCCAACAGGGUAAGAUGGCCAUAAACCUCAAAUACAUAGACCCUACGUAUAUGAUCCGCGCCGUACCAAGCAUCGCGUCCGACAAUGUGUACUGCACGCUUCUUGCUCAAAGCGUCGUUCACGGAACAAUGGCGGGCUACACUGGCUUCACUUCAGGACUCGUCAAUGGAAGACAGACAUACAUACCUUUCUAUAGAAUUACAGAGAAGCAGAACAAAGUCGUGAUAACGGAUCGGAUGUGGGCGAGGCUCUUGUCUUCGACCAACCAGCCUAGCUUCUGGAGUCCUAAAGACGUGAUUGAGGACAAAAGAGAAGAAGAGCCACCAACAGAGUUGCCAGAUGACCCAAUCUGCGCCCAGGUUGACUUGAUCGGCAUCGGGAAAGAGACCGGUUAAAGUUAUGCCGAUAUUUCUGUGAGCAUAUUAGCUAAUUUGUUCGUAAUACAUUGAUUGGCAGAUCUAAGUUAUCGGUUUGUAUAUAGCUAUACAUGUGCUGGAGAAACGUAAGACAACGCAGUCGAUGCUUGCUCGGUGUAAUCUCUUAGAGUUUGAGUCGCAAUGAAAUGAUUUCCUCACGAA